GACAUCCCUAAGUACACGUUGACGUUUGUUUGACUGGCGACUGUAUCUGUUAAUUCGAUUUCAGUCUUUUCAUUUUAUUUACAAAUUGUAGAGAUUUAGCUUACAUAUAUUGAUAUGCGACCAAUCCGUUACCUGUAUAAAAUCACAAAUAAAUAAAAUAUACUCGAUUGAUAUAUAGCUAUAUAUUAUUGAGGCAAAACUGCAAGAUGGUACGGACAGUAUUUUCGCCUGAAUAUUGUUUACAAUAUCUGGAACAAUAUGCAUCUAAAGAAAUCUUUGUUGUUGGAUUAAUUUUAGGACAGACUACAAAUGAAAAAGAAAACGUUAUUUAUUUGGCUCGUACGCCAGAAGAAAAGAAUGCAGAUACUGUCUCGGAGUCUAGUUAUGUUUCAGAUAAGACUGAUAUAGCAAAGAAUUUACUUAGUGUGUCAGAGGCGUGGGUAGCAGACCACGCAAAACAUGUGACAAGAAUGCUACCUGGUGGCAUGUUCGUUCAAGGUAUUUUUGUAACAAGUGAUGAAGAUAUCUUUGAGGACCCUAAUCAAUUUAGUAAAGUGAAAGAAAUUCUCCAUUAUAUUCACAAGGUAUUGAAUGUGAACCAGUAUAUGUAUGGAAACUGCCCAUAUACAAAUGAAAGGCUUGUCUUGCAUAUGUCGACCAGCACAAAAGUGUUGAAUUGUAAAUCAGUGGAGGUUGGUGCACCUAACAGGAGUACUGUGAUAAAACCAGUGGAAUGGAAAUUUGUACCGAAAAUACAACAAUGGCAAAGAUUGGAUUGUUAUUAUGAAUUUGAUGAAGUAUAUCCUGUGAUUGUGAAGAAAAGUGGCAUAUCAGUUAAACAUCAAUUUCAGCAAAUAUUAGAAUCUGCACACAAGACAAUAGAAUCAAGUGUGAUGUUUAUAGAUGGAGAAUUGAAGGAUGGAAAUGAAGCUAUAGAACAAAUUAUUAAAAAGAAGAAAACAAAAACUAAUUCCAAGAAUACACAACAAGAUAUACCUAAGACAAUGCAAGUUUCAUUAUUUGUACCUUUUGAAAAUACCUUGCCUGAGACUGUUGAGUAUUUAGAAUGUGAUGGCAGUAUACAUUUUAGUGGUGUGGUAUCAUCAAGUGUAUUCAUGUGCCCAAAGGCCACAAUAAGCGAAGCCAUUGUGGCAGUCAAACAGGACAUCAUACGAUCCCUUGCUUCACGAUUUACAAUGCACUGUGAUGCUUUGAUAGAUGACAAUUUAUUGCCUGAAGAGAAAGUUUGCUUCAACGAGCCACCUCGACGUGUUUUAGUACCAGUCGGAUCGAUUUACCUAUGUGAUUAUUUGUUUCCUGGUGAAUCACCCGCGGAAGCCUUGUUGUCUGUACGUGAGCUCCUGGAUCUGCAAAUAACUGAGGCAGAUGUCAUUUGUGAUGUCGAGACACCAGCGGACACGUCAGAGUUCGAUGCGUUAGACAGAGAUGCGAGUAGUGAAGAGUUGCUGGCGACUCCCCAAGAAGCGAGCCAGUUCAUGUAUAUCACGGGCAUAUGCUUCGCUAUGCUGGUUCUAAUUGUGUCCAUAAUUAUUCACUAUUACGAUACAAUCAUGGAUGUACUCCGUAAACUCCUUAGUAGAAAAUAUUAUUGAUUUUUUGUAAGAGUUACUUUUAGCAAUCCUUAACUUUGAUUGAUUUUUCUAAGUGAAUGUUUUUGUUUGUUAGGAGCAAAUGCAAUAGGGUAGAUGGGUAGCAAAGUAUGAUUUAUGCUUCUUUAUAUAAUAUUACAAACUGUUACAGUUUUGUGUAAGUUUAUUACAAAUCUGACAUAUGGUGUAGUUUGAACUUUUUUUAAUUCAAUUUACUAUAAAAAUUUCUUAAUCAAAGACAUAUUAUUAAAUAAAAUGGCUGACUAUGAAACAAUAUUAAAUAGAUUAUGAUUGAAACUGACAAAACUACUCAAAUUAUUUAUUGCGUUGUAAGUAGAGUUAAUAAUCGAUUGCAGAAAUUUUAUACUUUGGGCUAACUUGUUAUACUAAUGUGUACACAGAACAGGUAUGCAAGACCUGUUACCACAUUACUUCAAAUUAACUUAAUUAAUUUUGAACUAUGUAAUAAGGUCUAUAAUCAAAUGGAGGAAAAUUUUUAUAAUGAUAUUACACAAUUUUUAUAAUUCUAUGAGAAUUUCCAUGAAUGAAGAAUAUUGGAAUGGGUACACAAUAUCCUGAUAUCUGCGGAUUGCUGGAUCGGACUAUCUUGCAUAUGUUUCAAAUAUUGUCUAAUUGCCUAUUUUAUUAUGAAUAAGUGCCAUUCAAUGGUAUAACCGUCACAUUGUUACAUUUCAAUUCAUUUCUUAUAUUGAUGAUGAAUGAUGUUUAAAUCUUAUUAAAUUGCAAAAUAUAUGUAUUCCAAUAACUGU